AUGGCACUAACCAGCUGGAAAGAAUUCCCCUUCUUUAAUGUUUCUCAAGUGCCUGUCCCUGCGGAUGAUGAUGGGUCGUAUGUCUUCGAUAACGAUGUCGUGUCAUUGACGACCGGAGCCGACUCCCUAUUCCUUGGUUCUUCCGAUGGCUCAGUCCGUAUCCUUUCUCGGGCUCUCAAAGUCGCCCACAGCUUCCACGCCUCAGAUAUCGCCGAUGCAGCAGUCACCCAUUUAAAGCAAAUCCCCGACACUCCCUUCCUUGUCACCCUCUCAGAAAACUUAUCUAGUGAUCCCUUGCUGAGGGUUUGGGCCUUGGACAAGACUGAGAAGAAGACAGGAGCACCUCGGUGCCUAUGCACAAUUGCGGUUCAGAAUGGGAGGAGACAAUUUCCUGUGUCGGCGUUGGUAGUCUUGGACGAUUUGAGCCAGGUAGCAGUUGGCUUCGCCAAUGGAAGUGUCACGGUCAUUCGUGGCGACUUCAUCCACGAUCGAGGAACAAAGCAGAGAACUGUCUUCGAGUCUGAGGAUCCGGUGACCAGUUUAGAAGUCAGACAAGACGCAGUCAAAGUUCUGUAUAUUGCGACCACGGCAAAGAUCUGCAGUCUCAUCAUAUCCGGCAAAGGCCAGGGUCAACCAGUACGAACCGUCGACAACCGCGGCUGCAAUGUUGGUUGUAUGACACAGGAUACAGAGACCGGAGACAUAGUAGUCGCUCGGGAAGAUGCCAUUUACUACUAUGGUCCGAACGGACGAGGACCCAGCUAUGCCUUCGAGGGCCCAAAGAAAAUCGUGCAGAUGUACAAAGAGUACGUUGCUGUGGUCUGUCCACCACGAGUAACACAAGUUUCGAAGUCGAAAAGUUUCAGGAAACUCGGAGGUGACGAGAUUGACGAGCUGUUUAACAGCUCUUCCUUCACGUUGCUUGACACCGACCUGAAAUACAUAGCACACAAUGAGUCUUUGCCUACGCAGGUCAAAGAGGUUUUUGUGGAAUGGAAUGACCUCUUUCUGUUGACAAUAGAUGGAAAGCUAUACAGGUAUCAGGAGAAAACGUUGCAGCAAAAGCUUGAGAUUCUCUAUGAGAGGAACCUGUACCUUUACGCCAUCAACUUGGCACAGAAGUCCGGGGCUGAUAAAACACAACAAAAUAUCAUAUUCCGCAAGUAUGGGGACUACCUCUACCAGAAAGGCGAUUAUGAUACAGCUAUGCAGCAAUACCUAAGGGCAAUCGAGAACACCGAACCUUCCCAGAUCAUCCGACGCUUCCUCGACACGCAAAGAAUACAUAACUUGAUUGACUAUCUGGAAGAAUUGCACGACCACGAUAGUGCCACGGCCGACCACACGACGUUGCUGUUGAAUUGCUACGCCAAAUUGAAAGAUACGGAAAAGCUAGAUGCAUUCAUACGUACUCCCGGAACGGCGAGGUUUGACGUUGAGACCGCGAUUGCAAUGUGUCGGCAGGGAGGCUACUUUGACCAGGCUGCAUAUCUCGCCACAAAACAUGGCGAGAAUGAAUUGGUCAUCGACAUUCUGAUAGAAGACUCCAAGAAGUAUGCUGAAGCAUUACAGUAUAUCUGGCGUCUCGACGCCACCUCGGCUUACCCGGUGUUGAUGAAAUACGCACGCAGUCUUAUUCAACACUGCCCGGAAGAGACCACAAAGCUCUUCAUCGAGUAUUACACAGGCCAGUAUGCGCCGAAAAAUGAUGUACCCGCCGUGUCCGAAGUUCAGGCGCAGACGGGUGGAAGCGCCUUUCAAACGCUCUCAGCUCUUUGGACCUUACCUUUCAUGAGUCGAUCUUCACCUACGGAUGGGGCGGCUCUAGCAAGUCAAGAACAAGCGGGCAGCGACCAGAGUUCUGCCCCGGAUGAACGCAAGCCUCCAGCCUACAGCGUACCACGGCCUCGGAGCGCUUUUUCAUCUUUCCUGGCUCACCCGUCACAGUUCAUCACCUUUCUGGAAGCUCUCUUACUCCAAGAAAACGUGUCAAAGGAGGACAGGUCGGAUCUGUCGACCACGCUGUUCGAGAUGUAUCUGGAGGCUUCAAACGUGGCCACAGGCACAGCAGAGAGGGAAAGGUGGCAGGUCAAAGCCAUCAGCCUGAUUGCUGAUAAAGAACAAGAGUCGCUGGAUGACUCGUCGAUUGAUACUUCGAACGUCCUGCUUCUGUCAUCUCUUUCCAAGUUCCCGGCGGGGACGACACUGAUAAGGGAACGUGAGAAUCUGUACGCCGAUAUUUUUCGAUCGUACACUUCUGCAAAAGACACGUCCGGCGCCAUAUCGUCCCUCAAAAAGUACGGUUCCAAAGACCCCUCACUAUACCCGCUUGCCCUUGCCUAUUUCUCUUCGUCUACCGAAAUUUUGAGAGAGCCCGGGGUCAAGGAAGAACUCCAAACCGUGCUACGGAGAAUUGACCAAGAGAACUUGAUGGCACCUCUCCAGGUGGUGAAGGUGCUGUCGCAAGGUGGUGCCGUGACCAUGGGGAUGGUAAAAGCAUAUCUUUCAGACAACAUCUCGAGGGAACGAAAAGAAAUUCAAGCCAACCGACGGUUGAUCGACUCAUACCGGACAGAGACCGCAUCGAAGAAGUCUGAACUGGCCGAUCUUGGCUCGAAGCCGGUAGUGUUUCAAACACGGCGGUGCUCAUCGUGCAGCCGAAACCUGACUCUGCCAACAGUCCACUUUAUGUGCAAACACUCGUUUCAUCAAGAAUGCUUGAACAAGCCGGGAGCAGGUCUAGAUGAAGAUGACAAGGUAGAAUGUCCGAUCUGCAAACCGGGCAACGACACGAUCCGGGCAAUCCGGCGGCAGCAACUGGAGAGCACCGAGCAGCACGACUUGUUCAAAGCGGCACUCGCGAGGAGUCAGCAUCGCUUCGACACGGUGAGCGAGUUCUUUGGGCGCGGAGUUAUGGGAACAACGCCAGCUGUAGAAUGA